GGGAACCACGGGACAUUCCAUACAUUCUGUUCUGUCAGUCUUGCCCUGCGGAGUUACGGUUUUCUUCGCAUUAGAUCUAAAAGCCGUUUAUAAUUUAUAAAUCAUCUAACUUGUGGUGAUCGAAUAACUUUUAGUACUCAAGUUGCUUGCAAAUAAAUAAAAUAUGGCUGAACAACUGAACGAUGAAGAAUGGGACCCCAUCGAUGAUCCUGAUCCUAUUGAAGAAAUACAACCCUUUACCACUGAAGAUGUUCAGAUAAAGGCACGGAAGAUGGAUAAUAAACAUUCUAGGUACGUAUAUAUUUCUUCUAUUUUCAGAUUGGCAGAAAUGAAGAAAGAAACUGGCAAUCAACUUUACAAAACCAAGAAAUACGCAGAGGCCUUAGUAGUUUAUACUGAAGUAAUCGAACUAUGUCCCAAUUCACCAGCGUACUAUGGAAACCGUGCUGCGUGUUAUAUGAUGCUGGGUAAAUAUCACGACGCCUUGGCAGAUGCUAAGAAAUGCAUCGCCAUUGAUCCAGGAUUUGUAAAGGCUUAUCCACGAGUUAUGAAAUGCUCUCUGAUUGUCGGCGAUAACAUCGGAGCUAGAGCAGCCAUGGAAAAGGUGUUGGAGCUGGAUCCCAGUAACAGUGCUAUUCUCUCGGAGAAAAAAAACUUGGAACACCUUGAGAAAUAUUUACAAGAAGCAGAAGUGGCUUAUGGAAAAAAAGAUUUUCGUAAAGUUGUAUAUUGCAUGGACCGCUCUUGUGAUGUGAGCACCUCUUGUGUGACAUUCAAGCUCCGCAAAGCAGAAUGCUUGGCAUUUCUAGGCAGAUUUCAAGAGGCACAGGAAAUAUCCAACGAUGUUUUACACAUUAACAAACAGAACGUAGAUGCAAUUUAUGUACGCGGCAUGUGUCUUUACUACCAAGACAACAUAGAUCGAGCAUUUAUGCAUUUUCAACAAGUUCUUCGAUUAGCACCUGAUCAUACUAAGGCGAUGGAGAUUUACAAGAGAGCGAAAUCUUUAAAACAGAAAAAAGAAGACGGUAACACUGCGUUUAAAAUGGAAAAAUAUGCCGAGGCAUUCGAUCUGUAUACCCAAGCCUUAACCAUAGAUCCUCAGAACAUAUUAGCCAAUGCUAAAUUACACUUCAAUAAAGCAUUGAUAUAUGCCAAGCUAAGAAAAUUCAGAGAAUCUUUAGAAGAGUGUACCGAAGCACUGAAGCUCGAUGAAAGUUACCUUAAAGCUUUACUUAAACGAGCCGCCUGCUACAUGGAACUUGGAGAUUUUGAAGAGGCUGUUCGUGAUUACGAACAAGCAUGUAAAAUGGACAAGAGCAGAGAUAACAAAAGAUUACUGCAGGAAGCCAAGCUUGCAUUGAAAAAAUCCAAGAGAAAAGACUACUACAAAAUUCUUGGCAUUGACAAAAAUGCGUCAACCGACGAUAUUAAGAAAGCAUAUAGAAAGAGAGCCAUGGUACAUCACCCAGAUAAACACGCGAAUGCUUCUGAAGGCGAGAAAAAAGAACAGGAGAAAAAGUUCAAAGAAGUUGGCGAGGCGUACGGCAUUCUUUCAGAUCCCAAGAAACGUGCGCGAUAUGACAACGGUCAUGACUUGGAAGAUAUGGAGGGUGGAAUAUACGAAAUGGAUCCAAAUGCAAUGUUCCAAUCCUUCUUUGGACAUCAUGGUGGUGGCUAUCAGUUCCAAGCAGGCAGUAUGCCCCACGGUUUUACUGCCCACUUUGGUUAAUUCUAUUUCAGUAAUACUGCUAUAUAAUAGAUAUGUGUACGUCAUGAGAUGAAAUGUACCUCUGUAUAUAAAAUCAUAUCCAUUUGAUCUUUGGGUUUCUGUAUCGUUCAAUUUGACGAAAGUAGCUUGCUCAGAUAUCUGACUAGUUAUUAAAUUUUCAUAUUUUUUCUCUGAAUGUUUUUUUCUUCUGUUUAUGUGACAGAAUAAAAUGUAUUCAAUUAUACCUAUCAAAUUAAGGUUUCCGACGUACAAAAUUUCCUCUUAUUUGCAGAAAUUUGAAGAAAUUAGUGUAAAAUCCAUUUUUUCUCAGCAUGUUAAGUUAUAAAAAAAUAUGUUCAGUCGACAAUUAGCAUUCUGAUGAAAAUAUUAACUGUUCGUUUACAAGUGAGGAAAAGUUGAUUUGUCGACACGGCAAAUCUCUCGGUUUUGACCUGAAUAUUUUGAUCAUUACAUUAACAUGAUGAAUAGAUAUUUCUGUCAAUUCUUCUCAACCAGAAGAAAUUCAUUAUCUGACAGGACCGAACAAUCACAAAUAUUACAAUAUAUAAUUUUAUUUUCUUCCCUAUUUCAUGAAAAUCUGAGCAAAUUGAAUAUAGCAAUUUAUCACAUAUACUUUAUUUUUCCGUUUGCCAAAUAGCGUGAUGCAACUUGCAUUCAAUUGGUAACGGAAAUAUUAUUCUUCUUCGUUUCAUUAUGUUACAUCACUUUAUAAGAUGAAUGAAAAUAAGUCUACUAAACGUUUACUUGAUAUGAAAAUUUGCUGCACUAAUUUUUGUAGCUGAUUGUUAGUUUUAUCAAAAGCGCAAUUGAAGAUGAGACUUUCAAUUUCUGAUAAGCUGCAGGCUUGGAGAUACAGUGACCAACAGUCGAAAUGUUGAACGAAUAUUCAAUAACUCUUCCAUUAUUGUUCUUUGCCUUAUUAAAUCAUGUAAACGUGUGUUGAAACGUUCUAUUAUGGUAUGAAAUAUAAUGACGUGGCAGUAACCAUCGAAUAUAUUUAUAUCAUUAGCAUAAUCGUAUGACUGUAGCAUGAAUCAUUGAUAUUAAAAAAUACAACCGAUGCAUGCAAACUUUACUAGUCUGAAUCACAGUGAUUUAUCUCAGUGUUUUACAAAAGAUUCCAUGCUACAAUUUUCCUCCUCAUGAUGAGUGAAAGUUUAGCACAUAUUUACUCAAUGCUAUACUAAUCAAGGCAUGUCAAGGCAAAAAGAAAAAAAUAUCAUCUUGCCUUGUAUUGCGCUAAGUCAGUUACCCUGGAUUAAUUAUAUACUAAAACUGAAAUUAAUAACCCGUGAAUAUUUGAAAAACUGUAAUCUUUACAGUAAUAUAUUGUGUGAUAGGGACGAUUCUUUACAAAUUUGUACAGCUCUAUUUUAUUUUUGGUUUUCUACUAUUUUUUUUCGGUAUAAUUAUUGCUGAUGAAUACGAUGUGACCAGAAAAAACUGUAAUGCUGACAUAAGCAACGUGUUGAAAUAUUCCUAUCGCCAUCGAUUAUAAUUUAAAAUAUAUAUUUAAUCAAAUUUAGAAAGUAAUGUUUUCUGUGGAGUAGAUAUUCGAUGAUAUCAGAUGUUUCAAUGUAAGAGUUGAGAUUAUCGGAAUGAAGGUAAAGGGUAUCUUCAUGAAGUAGGCCUUGAACCCACUUACACCUCAGACUGCAUUAUGUAUACUCGUAAGAAAAUAAAACUAUGACUUAACAUA